AUGGAGAUCGUUGAUCAGCGAGAUGAUAUCUUCUACGCUUUCGACCUAGUGAGAGGCCCGCCCUUAGGGCGUGGAAGCUCGGGAGAGGUUGUUUUGGCCUCGGCCAAACACGACUCUUCGUUGAAAGUGGCAGUUAAGAUAGUAUAUCUCGAGAGGCAGCUGUGGGAAAACCAGUUCGACGAAGAAGUCGCUUUACUUCGCCAACUACGCCAUCCUCAUAUCUUGAAGAUCGUAGCUUCCUCAUGGAAUUCGGCCUAUGGCUUCAUUUUGAUGAACUACUACCAGAACGGGACACUUUACGACACCAUGUCAGGACCUGUCAAAGGACCGAGGAUGCUCAGACACACCCUGGAUGUGGCGAGCGCGUUGGAUUACAUCCACACCCGCAACAUCUUUCAUCAGGACGUGAAACCGGAGAACAUUUUCUUGGAUACACAGGACCGUGCCAUUCUCGGAGACUUCGGGCUGGCGAUACGAUUGAGGGACAGCGAGACCAUGGUGGAUGAGUGGGUGUCUACACCCGGCUUUUACGGACCCGAGACGCAGGCUGGUCGGCUCAUGUGCCCAUUCAAGGUAAGAACGAUUUUCAUUUUCUCUUUUACUAUAUCACACUUCUCAUUUUUUUCUCUAUUCCACUCCUAGCCCUCUCAAUCUCCCUUUCUGCCUCUUGCUCUCUUCCUCUGUAUUGCACCUCUCAUUCUUUCUUUAUCCCGUCGCCACUUGUCUUACUCUCUGCUUCUCCCUUCUCUCGCUCUUU